AUGGCAGUGGCUGCACUGUGGUUUCUGGCUUUCCCUGAAGUGUGCCUGCCAGCAAUACAACCACACGUGCGUGUCUUCAUCACCAUCACUCUCGCCAACAAUAGACAUGUGCUCAGCUCAUCCACACCUCAGUUGAUCGUGGCAAGAAUGAUCCGUCUCACCACACUCUACCACGGCCCACUGUCCAAUCACAGCAGCCGGGUACGACUUCCAGCCACACAUCUUGUGCCUCCGCCCGUCAUCACAAAGCCUCUGCUCUUCUCAGCAAGCUCCCCGUCCCGACGGUGUGGUGCUGAGAUGUGA